AUGGCCGCGCCUCUACAGUUCGCUACAUUCUCCUCCGAGAUCGAACUUCCGUUCUAUUCCGCCCUCUUCGCCUCGAAGCUCGACUAUGAUAAGCUCGACGACUCGGCCCGGGGGGUCCUUGGGUUGUACGAACCCCGCCUUGAGGACCCCGACUCGAGUUGUAAGAUGCAGAUUCUGGGUAACGCCCUGACGAACCAGGAUGUUCCUCUGGGAGCCGCGCGAGCUGAAGGGAUAAUAAAAAAUGUCAAUACACUGGAAGGGUUUAAGAAUACAGACAAGUCGGCUAUGAUAAAGCAAGCCGGCAGACAGAUAUGGGACGCCAUCAACGACGGCAGCAUAUAUUCAGUACCCUCGCUGCUUUCUUCGUUCGUUAUCCUCUCCUACGCCGACCUCAAAAAAUACAAAUUUACAUAUUGGUUUGCAUUUCCAGCCCUGCACUCUGAUCCCCAGUGGAGGCGCUCUGGGCCAUCAGAGCAUUUGACUGCCGACGAGAGUACGGCCCUCGUCGACCGAGUCGGAACUUGGCGAUACAGCGUAGACAGACGAGAGCAUGGAUUCUUCUUGGCGAAGAAGGCGCAGAUCCAAGAGGCUGAAGCGGAUGAAACCGAAGGUGGAUAUAAACUCCCUUAUCGCUGGGAGGUAGGAUCUUUGCGGGAGUUCGAAAAUGGAUUCUUCAACGACACGCCAGAGGGUGAUCGCUAUGUGGCGUUCCUCGACCCUUCUACAUAUCCCGAGGGCCCCGGUUGGCCUCUGAGAAACCUCUUGGUCCUUAUAAGGCAACGCUUUCGACUGAACAAGGUUAAGAUCUUGUGCUACCGGGACAUUUGGGCGCGCAGGCAUGAGGCUAGAAGCGUCAUCCUGCCCAUCGAGACAGAUCCACAGGAAAAUGUUGACGGCUCGGAGAUACCAAAGGUCACGGGAUGGGAGAGAUCUAGAAAUGGCAAACUGCAGGCGCAACAAGCCAACCUCGGGGACUAUAUGGACCCUACCCGGCUGGCCGAUUCAUCCGUCGACCUGAAUCUUAAGCUCAUGAAAUGGAGGCUGGCACCAGAACUGAAUCUCGAGCUGAUCAAAAAUACCAAAUGCCUGCUCCUAGGUGCAGGAACCCUUGGUGGCUACGUAUCUCGAAAUUUACUGGGCUGGGGUGUACGGAAAGUUACCUUUGUUGACUAUGGCAAAGUCUCCUACUCAAAUCCAGUCCGGCAGCCACUCUUCGAGUUUGACGACUGUGUCGAUGGGGGCAAACCCAAAGCCCCGCAGGCUGCUGCCGCGCUCAAGAGAAUAUACCCUGGCGUUGAAAGCGAGGGGCACGCACUCUCGGUCCCAAUGCUUGGCCAUCCCUACACUGACGAGGAAAAGACGAAGAAGGAAUUUGACCGGCUGGGAGAGCUCAUCCAAGCACAUGACGUCAUCUUCUUGCUCAUGGACACUCGCGAGUCUCGAUGGCUGCCAACCGUCAUGGGUAAAGCUGCAGGAAAAAUAGUUAUGAAUGCCGCCCUUGGGUUUGACUCAUAUGUUGUCAUGAGACACGGCGCUGAGAGUGAGGAGGAGGGUGCGGCUUCCCUAGGCUGCUACUUCUGCAAUGAUGUAGUAGCUCCGGGUGAUGUAAGUGACUCUCCCCGCGGGAACUCGGCAUCCGAGAACCAUGAUGCGCUGACCAAGUUUAUUCCGCAGUCCAUGAAAGAUCAGACUCUUGACCAGCAAUGCACCGUCACCCGUCCUGGAGUGGCGGCGAUUGCGUCCGCUCUCCUGGUGGAGCUUCUGACGAGUCUCUUACAGCAUCCACAGGGCAACAAGGCGAAUGCCCCCCAGCCCACCGCCGGGUCGGAGCCUCCGAGAGACCCUCCUGACCAUCCCCUGGGUCUAGUCCCACAUCAAAUCCGGGGUUAUGUGUCGACGUUCCAGAACAUGGUUAUCAGAGGCCAAUCCUAUGAUUGCUGCAGUGCCUGCAGCCCCAAGAUUCUUGACGCCUAUCGCAAGGAUGGCUGGGAGUUUGUGAAGCGGGCGUUACAAGAGAAGGAUUAUGUGGCUGAGCUUUCAGGCCUCGCCGAGCUUCAACGAAAGGCUGAGGAACUGGAUGCGGAUCUUGAUUGGGAUGAAGAGGACCAGCUUGCUGAUGAUGGAGAAGCCGAGUUGUUAUGA